AUGCCUCCGCUCAACUACCACGGAUUUCUGUCCAGUCAGGAGAACAGCAUCGAUGCCGAGUCCAUACCCGAGAUAGAAGAAUCGUCUGUAGCGGAGGCUGAGCCACCCUCGUUACUACCAGCUGUCUCUCCCCCGUUGCAGCAGCCUUCACCUCCUGAGUCUCGACCCACCACGGCCCCGACACCCCUAGACCCAGCGGAGGACCCGGACUGCGAACCGUCCUUCAAGACCGCCAAGGAGAAAGAGUGCUGGCAGAUGUUCCGCAAGAUGGCGGACAAAGGAGUAUCAAUAUCGUACGACACGGUGCUCAGAGGUAUGCUGACGCCCACAGAGUAUCGACUACACAAGAAAUCAAUGUCUUCCACGUGCUGAAAUGAGUAGAAGUCUGUGUCUGGAGCUGACAGUGGAGGAGGGGGUGUAACAACACGUUAACACCCGGUAACAAUCAACAACACGAUAGUCAUACCUACAACUUACUAUACAUACCAUGAAAAACGCGGCAGUUAAACUAACACGAUGUGUAA